AUGGCUUGGAGGCGGCAACGGAAAAAAGUCCUAAUGGCUGUAAUUCCCCUGCUCUUCGGCAUGAAGUCUGCUGCAGUAGUCAUUUUCGCACUUGCCAUAGUCACCGCCCUGACGCUGAAGGCGUUCGUUGCUAGCAAACUGGCCCUACUGGUGACGGUUGGCAUGGCCGCCAAGAAACUGUACGAAUCAUACACCAGUGGCGUCGGUUUACAAAACCACCCGUAUCUAUAUUCGCAAUACCCGAUUGACUUUCCGAGCGCCUCUUCGCACGCAUACUCCGUAAGCGGAGUGAGCCCACAGUUUGCAGCACCAGAGAUGUAUAAUCCUACUGCAAUGGCAAACCACCCACAUGCACACGAGCUCUUGCAGACCGCAGACGCCACCGCUCAGCAGUCGCAACAGGCGCCGACUCUCCAACUAGUUAACUCAACAAGAGCAUCAGAAAGAUGGGACGGGUACCGGAGACGUCCAAUGUUUUAUGGAACCUCGCGCGCUACUUCAGAUUCCUAUUUGGUCUACCGCCCGCGGGCCUGAGUAACGCUCCGACCAUGACCAUGCCCAUGUAUGUUAUGCCCCAGUUGCCCCAAAUGCCCCAAAUGCCCGAAAUGUACGGCACACCUGUGGCCAUGCCAACGGCUACCCCAUAAUUGGACGAACGGAUCAUGUGACACUGCAAUAGCUAAAUGCCAGGCCAUCGUUUCGAUUUGAUCCGCUACCACAAAAUAGAUAGUAACAGAAGACAAUCGCAAAAAGCGGGCAACAUUCGCGCUCGCACUGGUUUAGACUGGUUUAGUCUGGUUUAGACUGGUUUGCGAUUCUUCACGCAAUUAUCGCGUUGUCUACGUGUGCGUUACCCAAGUGCACUUUGUACGUAGAUUGUCUUCUGAUUCUAUCUUUUUUGUGGCUAUACCCAGAUGGUCUGGCAUUUAGCU